CCUGUUCCCCUGAGAGAGGGUGGGAGGCUUCCACUGUGUCAUAGAAAUUCUAGUAAACAUUUCCUUGUAGCGGCCUCCAAGAAAACAACAAGGUUAUACAAUUACACAAGAGGCCAUGACAGCCAGGAAUUAUAAAACCAACACGGUGAGAACACAGUCAGGCUUCUGAAGGCUUUCAUGUGGCCAAAAACUGCACAGAUUCCCAAAAGGUUGUGUGAAUAUCUCAGUGUAGCCUGAACUGGAUCUAGGGUGACCAAGUGUCCCGCUUUGUGCGGAACUGCACAGCAUUUUCAUCCCUUUUUCCACGUCAUUGAGACGCUGUCCCGCAUUUUGAUUGGCAGCUAUAAUUUUCAAAAGUUAAAACUCUAAAGGACAGAUGCUAGGAGUUUUGUUUUUUAUCUGGCUUUUUUCUAUGUUAGUCAAACAGCGCAGAUGUGCGAUCACGACCAGAUUAACCUGUCAGUGUCUUGCUGCCGCACCUUGUUGUCAGUUGCCGUAAAUUGUGCCAGUCGCGACCGGUCGCGACACACCGCAAAGCAGACACAAACACUAAACUAUGGAUUUUGGCGGAGAUAAUGGAAAGUACAGCAAAGAAGAGGAGAUGCAGCUUCAACAAAGACUGGGAAACUACAUAUCACUGGGUGAAGCCAGUGCAAGGUGAUUCUCAGAGAGUUUUCUGUGAAGUUUGCCAGAGUUCGUUUUCCGUUUCACACGGUGGGGAAUACGACGUGAAGCGACACAGUACAUGGGAGACCCUCCUCUCAGCUUUGUUCCCUAGCUACAGCCUGAGUCCAGACCGGAGGAACAUUUUAUGGAGCAGCAAGCGAGGCUUCACAAUCCGAACUCCCACUUUCUUCUACAUCGGCCUCUUCUUCUGCCAAACGGUCAUCGACGGGGUCAAACACAAGUCACGUAUUUACUUUGUGCACAGACCAGUGAGUAACAUCACAGAGGUGUACCUGAACACCAGUGGACCAAUGCAGGCCCUGAAGGGAGAGAGGCUGGUCUUGAACUGCACUGCCACCGCUGAGUUAAACACCAGAGUCAACAUCACCUGGGACUACCCUGGAAAGAGUAACAACGCCGGCUCCACAUCCAAACGGCUCCUGAGACACCAAACACACAUGUUGUUCUACAGUAUUCUAACCAUCCCGAAGCUUCACCGCUCAGACCGAGGCCUCUACACAUGUCGCGUCACCAGCGGUGAUCAAAGCAAACAGCAGAAAGUCACUGUCGUCGUCUAUGAUCGUCCAUUUAUCCGUCUGAAGCCAAGGAAUGGAUCUGUGGUCGUGGUACAAUCAGGACAGAAAUCUUACAAAAUCUCCCCCAAGCUAAAAGCGUUUCCUGCCCCUGAAGUCAUCUGGUUGAAGGACGGCAUGGUGGCUGCAGAGCAAUGCUCCAGAUACCACAUGGAAGGGAAUUCCUUGAUUAUCCGGGAUGUCGCAGAGGAGGAUGCUGGGAAGUACACUAUGCUAGUACGAAUCCAGGAACAUGGACUCUACCAGAAUCUCACUCUUACACUUGCGGUCAAUGUGAGUCCUCAGAUAGGGGAGAAAGCGGUGUCGUUGCAGGACCCCGGAUCUGUCCCGCGAGGCAGCAGACAAGCUCUGCACUGCACAUCCCACGGAGUCCCUCCUCCACACAUCCAGUGGCUCUGGCAUCCCUGUCCGCCCAAAGGCCUGUGUGUGUGUCCGACGUCCUCCUCGCUGUGGAGUCCAGUGACGGAGAGCCUCCUCCCGAUGUCGACACACAACCACAUCCUGAGUGUUACUCACAGACAAGAAGUGCUUCAGGGGAAAAAGAAGACGGUGGGGGUCCUGACUGUAGCAGAGGCCUUUGUGUCUGGAGUGUAUCGCUGCAUCGCCUCCAACUGUGCAGGCUCAGACCAGCUCGACAUCCACUUCUACAUCACAGACGUCCCGGGAGGCUUCAGUGUAAACCAGCAGGAGGAGGCCAGAGAGGGCGGAGACCUCCAUCUCACCUGUUUAGCCAAUAAGUACCUGUACACAGCGUUGUCAUGGCAACAAGUGUAUGACACAGAGGAAGCUCAAACCCAUAGACCCGCCUUGAAUAAUCAGCAGCUCACGCUGGGGGAGUUCUCCAACUCUUUGAUCCUGUUGCUAAGCAACCUGACAGCCAGAGACUCUGGAGCCUACAGAUGCUCCGCCCGUCACCUGGUCACCAGGCAGGAAACACACCUGGACACACAGGUGGAGGUCACAAUUCUGGAGCCGCCGGUGCUGCUUAAUAAUUUGACAGAUUGCACCGUCAACGUCAGCAGCUCAGUGACCCUCAGCUGUCCAUCUGAAGGCGUCCCACCUCCGACCAUCACCUGGUACAAAGACGAAUGCUCCCUGACUCAAGGAUCAGGUAUCGUCAUAUCAGCAGAAGAUGGCACACUCCAUAUCGACCGAAUCACAGUGGAGGACCAGGGUCUGUAUACCUGCCAGGCCACCAAUGAGAGAGGAUCUGCAGAAAGUUCUGCCCAUAUUUGGGUCAACAGCUCCUCAGAAACUUCCUUUCUUGAAAUUCCCACUCUCACCUGUACCUGUGUGGUGGCCACGCUCUUCUGGCUUUUGCUCACACUCUUCAUACGGAAACUGAGACAGCCGCACAGCUCCAACACCAAACCAGAGUACUUGUCAAUCAUACUGGACACUGGAGACGGACCAAUAGAGGAGCAGUGUGACCGACUACAAUAUGACCCAAACCAAUGGGAGUUCCCCCGUGAGCGCCUUAAAUUAGGGAAACCUCUGGGCCGUGGAGCCUUUGGGAAAGUGAUGCAGGCGUCAGCGUUUGGGAUAGACAACGCCGACGCCUGCAAGACAGUGGCUGUUAAGAUGCUCAAAGAGGGAGCUACAGCCAGCGAGCACAAAGCUCUGAUGACUGAACUGAAGAUCCUCAACCACGUUGGAAACCACCUGAAUGUAGUCAACCUCCUGGGAGCCUGCACCAAGCCAGGAGGACCGCUGAUGGUUAUCGUUGAGUACUGUCGCUUUGGAAAUCUGUCUACCUUCUUGAAGAACAAGAGAGACGUGUUUGUACAUAACCGGCCGGCUGGAGGAAAAGAUGAAGGUCCAGGUUUUGUCAGUAGCUCACCUGACAAGCAAAGCAGUGUUAAAGCACAGAUUGACGACAAAGACAAGAAGGAUAGCGGCCUUGAUCCUAAAUCUGCCUCCAACUCCCCGCUUUAUCUGGAGGAUCUCAUUUGUUUCAGCUUUCAGGUGGCACGAGGAAUGGAGUUUCUGGCCUCUCGCAAGUGUAUUCACAGAGAUCUGGCAGCAAGAAACAUCCUGCUGUCUGACAAUAAAGUGGUGAAGAUCUGUGACUUUGGAUUGGCCAGAGACAUCUACAAAGACCCCGACUACGUCCGCAAAGGAGAUACCCGUCUCCCUCUGAAGUGGAUGUCUCCUGAGUCCAUCUUCGACAAGGUGUUCACCACCCAGAGCGACGUCUGGUCCUACGGCAUCCUGCUGUGGGAGAUCUUCUCUUUGGGAGCGUCUCCAUACCCCGGUCUUCACAUAGAUGAAGAGUUCUGCCACAGACUGAAGGGAGGAACGAGGAUGCGAGCGCCAGAAUACAGCACAGCUGAGAUUUACAGCACGAUGUUAGCAUGUUGGGAGGCCAAUCCUUCAGACCGACCAACCUUCACCAACCUGGUGGAGACGCUGGGGGACCUGCUACAGGCGAGGGUGCUGCAGCAGGAUGGGAAAGAUUAUAUUCCUCUGGGAUCUUUUGUGGCUGGAGAAACUGGUCGCUGUGAGGCCUUCAAAGAAAACCCUCUUGCGGUCACAAACCUGAGUUACAUGAGGGGUUUGGCCACACUGGAGACUUUUGAGGAAUUACCCUGCGAGGAAGCUGACGGUCCUGACGAUGAGCAGAGUGACAGUGGUAUGGUUCUACCGUCAGAGGAGCUGAAACAUAUGACGAGGAACAGCAGCACCAUGAACGAGAAACUCAGCAGGUGACAACUUUAAUCUGUGACCUCUGAAUCCUUCAAUUAUCUCUUCUGCCCCAAACUGUAAAUAGUGUGUGUUACAUGAACAGUUCAGCCCAAAAUAAUUCAUAUUGAUGCUAAAUUUUGAUUUAUAGUGAACUUUUGUUUCAGCAAAAGCAGU